AUGUUAAGAGUUGUUCACAAUUUAGGAAAAAGCAUUAAGAUCAAUUUAACUUCCAAGAAUAUACUACGUGUAAGCUUCUCUUCUGAUCAAAAGGUCUCCACAGAGCCUGAAUCAGGAUUGACUUUCGAAUAAAAGGCUGAGAUUUUCGAAAGAUUUUCUAAUAGUUUUGUUGGUAUUGACAGAUUUAAAGAGACUUAAUAAACCUUAAAAAAGAUAGUUGAAGCUAAUUACAGCUAGUCUGCAAUUAAAGAAGAACUCAUUUAGGAACUAAAGGAAGUUUAUGGAAAAAAUUAUGAAAAGAUUCUCAAUUUACGUUUUGCCGUCGAAUACGAUGGUCACAAGGAUGGUGUUGCAGUUGGUGAAUUCGAGUUAUUCCCUAAAAAUUUACAAGAUGUUAAUAAAUUUGAGAAUUAUUCAAAGAAUGGCGAUUUGAUCAAGCAAUUAUAGCAAACAACCUACAUUUCAGUAGAUCCAAAGGAAACUCAUAAAUAUGUAGUCCCUAAAGACUCCCAUUUCUCUCUUUUGUUGGAUGAAUACAUUGCUGAUGAGUAUGUCUCUGAGCUUAAUGACAACUAAGUUUGUCUUUUCGGAUUCCCUUUAACAUGCGAUGAAUCAGAUAUCACAAAUCUUUUAAAUAAUGAAUUCAAAGGAAAUUUUACAAGCAGCGUAAUUGGUGAAGACAUAUUAUCUCUACCUGCAUACGUAGUUUUGACCUUCUCUUCACCCAAGGAGGCAGCUGAAUAUAAGCAAAAAGUAAAUGCUCUCUAAUACACAAUAGAAAAAAGACCCAUUUACGCUACUACUUUUGAAGAUUCUAGAAGAGAACAUUCUACCAACCGUACUCUUCUUGUUACAGGAUUUAAAAAAAAUGAAUAUAUCAAUGACAUGUUGAACUUAUUCUCCAGCUUUGGUAGUGUCAUGCAUUUCGAAAUUGUAGAAGAUCCUGUCCACUCUAAGUUACCUACAACUGAACAAGUUAUUGAAUAUCUCAAGAAAACCAUUAAGGAAGGAGAUGAUUCCGUAAUUUAUGAAAUCACUGAUUUCUCUGACGGUGCUCCAAGCAUCACCGAAUAUCCUCCCUUCAAUCCUAACACCGAACUUAUGAGAGACGCUAAGAAAGUUCAUGAAGUUAAGGAUGAAAUUGAAUUAGAAAAAGAAAGACAAUAAUAACUUGCUAAGAGAUAGCUCAUUCCUAGAAUUGUGCUUUACAGCUGGGAUUCUGAAUCUCGUGUUCCUGAGGAAUAUAGAAUGAAGAAUGCCUCUGAGGAAUAAAAAAAAAUUAUAUAAAGUAUUGAAAAUGAUUUGAGAACAUAAUAUUAGAAUAAAUAAUAUUUAUUUGUAACAUACGCAUGCACUCAAUAAGCUCAAAUUGCCUUUCAUGCUUUGAACAAUUUAAGAAACUAUGAAGUUACUCUUAAAAAGUCUAUUGAACAUUACCACUGCGAUACUAUUCAUCAAACUUCUGUCUUCAAGGAAAUUAAACAAAUUAAAGGUGACUUUAAGAUUAAGUUUAAUGAAUAAAGUCUCGUUAAGACUGAAGAAGAAAAAGUUUUAGCUCAAACUCAUUAGGAAAUGAGAGAAAAAUUACUUGAAUAAGCCAACAGUUAGCAAUUCACUUAAGAGCUUAGUAAAUAACUUGAAAAUGAAAUUAUUGGAAAAACUAAGUACGGAGUUGAACAUUAAUUACACUUAAAAUCAGACAAGCUUGGUAGAGACUUCAACUCUAGAGUUACCUAAGAUGAUCUCAAUUAACUUGCUUCCUAAUUCUAAGAAAAUUAAAAGAAGAAUUUGCAAACUUUGGAAGAAGUCAGAAAAGAUGAAGAAGAACUUCUUAAUUUAUACAAAGCAAAGGUUAUGUACAGCGAUAUCAAUAAGAUCACACAUCCUUACAUCGAAGCAGACAAAGAAACAAUCUAAAAAGUUGAAGAAAAUUACUAUCAACAACAAUUAAAAGAAUACAAGCUCAAAUAAAAAGAAUACAUGAAGGAAUAACAAAUUAGAGAAAAAUGGCUAGAAGAAAGUAAAGAAAUGCUUGAGAAAAAGUUUGUUUUCGGACGUAAUUACAAGAAGAAGGUUAUCGCAGAUAAGGCAGGAGUCGAUGAUGUUCCUGAUAUCAAGGAACCUAAAGAAGAAGAAGCCGAUUAAUAUUAUGCUCCUUAUAAUGAUUACAUCCAAUAAAAAAGAUAUAAAAAGUAUUUGAGAUACGUAGAUGAAAUGUAAAGAUUAUAUGAUGGUGAAUAUAGUGAGGCCAUGAAGAAUAAAAUAUUUGUCGAAGGAGGAAAGAAAACAUGUGAUUCUGAUGGUAAUUAAUUCGUCACUCAAAAUUAAGGAGAAGUUUUUAAUAAGAUUCUUCUUUCUGAUGAAUAAUUUGAAAUGCUCAAGUACUACACCUCAAUUGCUGAUGUUUUACCUAACAAAAGAGUGUAAGAAUUAUCCACAAUGUUAGAAGAAACCCCUGAAGAAACUAUUUACAUGAUGAAAUAACUCAAAUAUCCCACAAAGGUCUUUGAUAGAAGCAAGAUUCCUGAGCUUGAUGAAAACUCUAUUCCUAUUUCUAACGAAGACUUCGUUAACGAUUUAAAUAAAUAUGUUUCUGGACUUGGCUAACGUUAUGCAGUUUAGAAGGAUGCUCGUGGAGAUGAGAAAAUUGUUAUGUAUGAAAAUACUCCUCAUCCUGUUCCCCUCUAAGCAUUAAAUGUUGAUGAAAUUUAAUUACUCAGAGAUUGCCUCACAACAUACGGUUUCGACGCAGAAGCUACUGAAAGAGAAAUCUAAUACUUCAUCAAGCACGGUGAUUACUCUGAAGAAGUUCUUAAAAUCGUCGGAAACGAAUAAACUAUUGAUGAAGAAAGCGAAUUAGAAGCUCUCAUUAAUGCCACUGGUCUUACUAAGGCUGAACUCGAAAGCAUUAUGAAGUUAGAUCUUGAAAAGGAAGGUUCUAAUGUACUUCUUUCCCUUCAAUAAUAAAGAGAAGAACUCAGUUUAGAAUUAUCCAGAGCUACUCCUCAACCUAAAGAUUUAAUUAAAACUAAUAACACUAAGCUUAGAAACAAAGAUAAGCAAGGUAGAUAUAAAACUAGCUCUUUCAAGUUAUUCUGA